AUGAGCCUGGCCUUGCUCAGCUCCCCACGACACAGCCAAGGCAUCACACUACGUCUGAGAACACGCAGACGACUACCCAGCCAGAAGGACCAGCCGUGCCAAGGUUGGAGGCGGCUGCUGUCCCAGAAACAGUCCAGGAAGGUCGCGGUCAGUCUGGAGGACAAGCUGGCCCAGACUCAGCCCCCCGCAGCAGCGGCCCCGCCGGCGGCCCGCGCAGGACCCGGGAAGCCCCGGAGGCCCGGAAGUCGCCGCAACCUCCCGGGCUCGGGCCGCGCGGGGCCGGGGGCGGGGCCGGGGGCGGGGACGGGGGCGGAGUCGGGCUCCCGGAGCCGCCGGCGAUUGGAGGACAGGCCGCGUGCUGAUUGGCCGGCGCGGACGGGAGCCCGCCGGGGAUUGGCGGGGGCGUGUCGGGGCGGGGCCCGGGGCGGGGGCCGGGGCGGGGCGGCCAGGCAGCCAGCCGGCGCGGCGGGCGGAGGACGCGGGCAGCUCGGCCUGCGGGCGGCGCGGAGGCUGUUCCCGCAGCGGCUCCGGGGCUGGGCGCCCGCCGCCCGGCCGCAGCUCGUCUCCUCCGGCCCCGCGCUCCGGCCGGGGCCCCGGGGCGGGGGGUGCGGGCCAGGGGCGGGGGUCCCGGCGGGUGUGGGCCCGCGCCAUGCAGGGCGGGCUGCGGGGCGCGGCGAUGGGCGGCGGGGCGGCGGUGAGAGGCGGGCAGCGCCCCGGGGGCCCCCGCCCCCCGCGCCCCCAUGCGGCUCCCCCCGCGGCCGCUGCUGCUCCUGCUGCUCCUGCCGCCGCCGCUGCUGCUCCGGGCGGGGGGCCCAGCAAGGUGACGGAUGCGGACACACGGUGCUGGGCCCUGAGAGCGGGACGCUGUCUUCUAUCAACUACCCGCACAGCUACCCCAGCAGCACUGUCUGCGAGUGGGAGAUCCGGGUGAAGACGGGGGAGAGGAUACAGAUCAAAUUUGGGGACUUCGACAUUGAAGAUGCCGACGCCUGUCACUUUAAUUACCUGCGGAUUUAUAACGGAAUCGGGAUCGGCAGAACUGAAAUAGGUAAAUACUGCGGUCUGGGACUGCAAAUGAACCAUUCCAUUGAGUCGACAAGUAAUGAGAUCACAGUGCUGUUCAUGAGCGGAGUUCACGUUUCUGGAAGAGGAUUUUUGGCUUCCUACUCAGUUGUAGAUAAACAAGAUUUAAUUACUUGUUUGGACACUGCAUCAAGUUUUUUGGAGCCUGAGUUCAGCAAGUACUGCCCGGCCGGCUGUCUGCUUCCCUUUGCCGAGAUAUCUGGAACCAUCCCUCAUGGAUAUCGAGACUCGUCACCGCUGUGCGUGGCUGGCGUGCACGCAGGAGUGGUGUCCGGCGCCCUGGGCGGCCACAUCAGUGUCGUCAUCAGCAAAGGGAUCCCCUACUACGAAAGCUCGCUGGCCAACAACGUCUCCUCAGUGGUGGGACACUUAUCUACAAGUCUUUUCACAUUUAAGACAAGUGGUUGCUACGGCACGCUGGGCAUGGAGUCAGGCGUGAUCGCUGACCCGCAGAUCACAGCGUCGUCGUCGCUAGAGUGGACGGACCACACGGGGCGCGAGAACAGCUGGAAGCCAGCAAAGGCCAGGCUCAAGAGACCCGGGCCUCCGUGGGCCGCGUUUGCCACUGAUGAGUACCAGUGGCUGCAAGUAGAUCUGAACAGAGAAAAGAAGAUCACAGGCAUUGUGACCACAGGCUCCACCAUGGUAGAACAUAAUUACUAUGUGUCAGCCUUUAGGGUCUUAUACAGUGACGACGGGCACAGAUGGAGCACGUACAGAGAGCCUGGCGUGGAGCAGGACAAGAUAUUUCAAGGCAACAGAGAUUAUCACCAGGAUGUGCGGAAUAACUUUCUGCCACCCAUCAUUGCUCGUUUCGUUCGAGUGAAUCCUAUCCGAUGGCAGCAGAAAAUCGCCAUGAAGAUGGAGCUACUGGGGUGCCAGUUCCUCCCUAAAGGCCGGCCUGCGCCUCGGAACAGCAAUGACCUCAGAAACACGACAGCCCCUCCUAAAGUAGCCAGAGGUCGUGCUCCAAAACUCUCUCAACCACUACAACCUCGGAGUCGGAAUGAAUUUCCUGCACGUACAGAACAGACAACUGCCACUCCAGAUAUUAAAAAUACUACCAUAACUCCAAACAUAACCAAAGAGGUAGCCUUGGCUGCGGUCCUGGUGCCCGUGCUGGCCAUGGUUGUCACCACUCUCCUCCUCAUACUGGUGUGCGGCUGGCACUGGAAAAACAGAAAGAAAAAAACUGAAGGUACCUAUGAUCUACCUUACUGGGACCGGGCAGGCUGGUGGAAAGGGAUGAAACAGUUUCUCCCGGCCAAGUCAGUGGAGCAGGAAGAGGCCCCUGUCCGCUACAGCAGCAGUGAAGUGGUCCACCUGAGUCCCAGGGAGGUGGCCACGGUGCUGCAGGCGGACUCAGCAGAGUACGCUCAGCCCGUCGGGGGAGCAGGCGGCGUGGGCACCUUCCAGCGCUCCACCUUCAAGCCCGAAGAAGGCAGAGAGGCGGGCCGCGCCGCCCGGGACCCCUACAGCUGCCCGGGCCGGGGGCCCCACCAUGCCUACGCCCGGCCGCUGCCCCGCGCGGGCCCCGAGUACGCCACCCCCAUCGUCCUGGCCGUGUGCGGCCGCCCCGCCGCCUUCAGGGCCGCGGGGAGCCUGCCCUGCGACGCCCUCCUUGCCGGGAGCGAGAGCCCAGCCUCCGCCCGGGCCCGGUACGACACCCCGAAGGGGAGCAGGCAGGGCCCGGCCGGCGCCGACGAGUCCGGGUACCAGGUGCCGCAGAGUGCGCAGGACGCGGUGGCCGCGGGCCAACUCUGAACGGGCCCUGGGGUCGUGCUGCCUCCUGCCGAGGGUCAGGGCAAAGCACCCGGCUCUGUUUUCCUCCCUUUCUGCACUCAUCACAGUCAGACGACAGAAGGCCGCAGGUGUGCGGGGUGAUGUCUGAGGCCCGGGGACUCCCGCCUCUUGCCGUUCUGCUCUUCAGAAUGCUGCUGCGGUACAGUGACCGCUUGCCUGUUAGAUCCUGAGCAUCCUGUCUGCGACUCCUGGAAGAUGUCAUUCUUAAUACAGAAGGAAACAGAACCAAAGAAGCUCCAGGCUGUGCACUUGACGGAAACCGAGUCACCGAGAAGCCCUGUUUAGUCCCCGGUGCCGCUGCCGCAUGUCCGAUGGCCUGAGAUCCUGCUCCUGGUGACCGGGGGGCGCUCGGUCCCAAUGUCCGAUGGCCUGAGAUCCUGCUCCUUGUGACCGGGGGGCGCUCAGUCCCGACAGACACCCCGCCACUGCCCCCGAGAAAGCGGGGCACCGGAAAGUGAUGAUGAGUGAGAGCCACCGCUUUGGCCGCAGUCAGCAGCUGGGAGCCGAGGCUUCGCCCACCCUGUGCUCCUGGCCCCCCGCGGCCGGCGCCACUCUGGGCUUUGUGUUCGCUGCUCCUUAGUUUCUUCCCGGCGGGCGCCCCCUGCUUCACUGACAUGCGAGUUCAGCCCUCCGCCUAUGCUUCUGUCAGGGAGAGCCGCUUGCUCCCCCAGUCCCCGUUUCAUGGGCACUGGGGACCUUCCCAGCGGAGAGCUUCUCAGUGAACAGCGUGACGUGGUGACCCACUGACACCUGUCACAGCAGAAUGCAAAGCCAGUGCUCAGAAGUUAGACAUUUACUUCAG